GCUGGGACUUCCUUCCUCCACCGCAGGACAACAAAACAACCAAGAGCCGGCACUGAGCUCUUGGCAGCUGUCUGAGCGAGACGCGCAGCGAUGGGCUCCCUGCUGAGCAGCGACAGCAGCAAAUCCUCGCCAGCCUCUGCCACCCCACGGGCCGUGGAGCGCAAGGGGGACCCCGAACUGCCCGUUACGUCCUUCGACUGCUCCGUGUGCCUUGAGGUGUUGCACCAACCCGUCCGGACCCGCUGUGGACACGUAUUCUGCCGUUCCUGUAUUGCUACCAGUUUAAAGAACAACAAGUGGACCUGUCCAUAUUGCCGGGCAUAUCUUCCUUCAGAAGGAGUUCCAGCAACUGAUGUGGCCAAAAGAAUGAAAUCAGAGUACCAGAAUUGCACUGAGUGUGACACCCUGGUUUGCCUCAGUGAAAUGAGGGCUCACAUAAGGACUUGUCAGAAGUACAUCGAUAAGUAUGGACCACUACAAGAACUUGGAGAGACAGCAACAAGGUGUGUAUGUCCGUUUUGUCAGAGGGAACUGGAUGAAGACAGUUUGUUGGAUCAUUGUAUUACUCAUCACAGAUCAGAAAGGAGACCGGUGUUCUGUCCACUUUGCCGUUUGAUACCCAAUGAGAAUCCAAGCAGCUUCAAUGGCAGUUUAAUAAGACACCUGCAAGUUAGCCACACUUUGUUCUAUGACGAUUUCAUAGAUUUUAAUAUAAUUGAGGAAGCUCUUAUCCGAAGAGUCUUAGACCGGUCACUUCUUGAAUAUGUGAAUCACUCGAACACCACAUAAUUUUAUUAAGAGGAAGGGGAAAGGGACCACUCAAUAGCAACAUUUAAAAUGCUGCUUGAACAAUUGGAGGGAAGUUGUCAAGGUUUGAUGGAGAAAAAUGUAUAACCCAGUUAUAUGUUUGUCCAUUCUUAUUGUUAUAGUGCAUUCAAAAACUGCUUUCAUUUUGAUGGUUUAAGUCUGUUUUUCAUUCUUGAGUUUCUCAGACAUUUAACAAGAAAUAGUCUCUGUCCGUCAUUAAUUAUGGAAGAAAUACAGGCUGAGUAUGUAGGUGGAGGAUCUCUAUUUGUGAAAGGGAUGACAUCAUUUGGAAUGCGACAUUCAUAGUUAGGCAAGACAACUGAUCUUUGUUCUAUGUAAAAAGAGGAAGAGUGGAACAAAGUGUAGACACUCAAGAAAUAUGAAAUCUGUUCCAAUGAUUUUUUUUUCUAAUCUUUAAUAAAAUAACAUGAUAAUCUUGUAUGGGAGUAGGAAAGGAAAUUUUGAUGUCAGCAGUCCAUUUAACAGAUAUUCUAUAACAGAUAUUACAUAAUACUAUAACAAUAAAUUCUGUGUUAGAAACGUAUGUAAUUCCUUGACUUGUUAUAACUGAACACAUAAGAAUUUAUUAUUAUAUUUUUA